UCAAUAACAUUCUCAACUUCUAUUGAUCCCUCACAACCUUGAGACAAUCAACCAUACUCACCACCUUAUCUCCAACCCCUUCAUGGCCAUGGCAACCCAAGCCUCCCUCUUCACCCCACCCAUCUCCGCUUCAAAGUCCGGCGACCGUGUCACUGUGCCAUGGAAGCAAUCACCAACCUUGUCCUUCACUACUCCUAAGCCACUCAAAUUCUCCGUGGCACAGCGUACAGUUAAGGUAACUGCUUGUGUGAAAGAAAAGGAAGCGGCUCCGGUGGGCUUCACCCCACCUGAGUUGGACCCAAGCACUCCCUCACCAAUUUUCGGCGGCAGCACGGGGGGUUUGCUCCGCAAGGCCCAAGUCGAAGAAUUUUAUGCGAUCACAUGGGAGUCUCCCAAGGAACAAAUCUUUGAGAUGCCCACCGGCGGUGCAGCCAUCAUGAGGGAGGGUCCGAACCUGCUGAAGUUGGCUAGGAAAGAGCAGUGCUUGGCACUGGGGACUAGGCUGAGGUCCAAGUACAAGAUCAAUUACCAGUUUUACAGGGUGUUCCCUAACGGGGAGGUCCAAUAUUUGCACCCCAAGGAUGGGGUCUACCCGGAGAAGGUCAACCCAGGCCGCCAAGGCGUCGGAGUGAACUUCCGGUCAAUCGGAAAGAACGCGAGCCCGAUUGAGGUCAAGUUCACCGGCAAGCAAGUGUAUGACUUGUGAGGUGUGGGGAUGCAUGCUUUGUUUGCUGUCUGUGAUGUAUUUUAUGAUUAUAUGACUGUUAUUAAUGUUUGUAACUUUAUUUUGUUUUCCAAUUGAUGCUAUGCUACAUCCAAAACACAUGUAUCUUCA